CGUCCAUGCUUUCACGGUCACCAUAUUUUUUCCGUCUUCGACCACCACUACUGCCGCUAUUUCUUCGACAUAACUCUACUCAAGGACACAAUGAUGCUAUCAUCAAAAUGCUCAUCGAGAACAGAGAAAAGGAACGAAGGAAUCCUGCAACCGAUGACCAGAAACUACGCGCUUUUGACAAGGCUAUCGCAGUCCUGAAGUCAAUAGACUUCCCAAUAAGAUCUGAAUCAGAUGCUCUCAAGUUAAUGCAUUUGGGUGAUCGCAGUGAGCGAGCGAAGGAAGAAUCUGUGGAUAAAGAAGCUUCAACCAAGGAAGUGGACGAGCCCACUCCCGUCGCACAAAGCGAUUCUGCACGGGUUAAUGAAGUUCGCGAAGGUACUAAGAGGGUCGUGUUGAACGAACUUCAGCAAGUUCCUGGCCUAGGUCCUUACACGGCCAGAAAAUUAUGUGACGCAGGCUGUACCUCUGCCAGCGAACUCCACCGUGCGAAAUUCCAACAAUUACUCACUGCACGCCAGAGAAUCCUAGUCGCAUACUACACCCACCUUCGCCAGCCUGUCCAUCGCAAAGAGAUAGAAACUAUCAAUGACUUUAUCCGAACGCAAUUACCCUCCGAUUUUCAAACAGAGCUCGCUGGGAGCUACCGUCGUAAUUUCCCUUUCUCUUCCGAAAUUGACCUCAUUCUCCUCCAUCCAAGUUUUGACAUUGCACCCCAACCCCCACCACCCCCAGAGAAAGCACUACAGUUUCCACGAAAAGGACGAGCAGAGAAGGUGUACGGAAGAUAUGCACAAAAACAAUUCGGAUCUAAAUCACCUCUUCUUACUACUGUCAUCCCCACUUUGAAAGUCCAAGGAUUGAUAGCAAAAGAGGUCAAGAUGAGCGGGGGUGACAAAUGGGAUGGGAUAGUCAGAGUUCCUGAGUUCAGUGCGGAUGGACAACCAGAGUCCCUCGAGUCGAGAGUCAAUGCUAUAAAGCGGAAGGAGGGGAGAUAUAGGCGUUUAACCAUCAAUCUUGUCCCUUGGGAAUGUCGAGGUCCAGCUCUGCUCGCACUGACAGGCGACAUGGAAUUCGUGCGACAAGUACAUGAUAGAGCCGACAAGUUGGGACUGUUCCUCGAUGGGAACGGUCUAUGGCGAUGGCACGAAAAUGAAGACUUUGAUGGCUUUACACCUACCAAACGCCGUAGAGGACGUCCUCCGAAAGAUGCAAAGACCAACGACGAUGAAUUGCGGGGUAAAUGGGAGCUCAUCACUCGGGGUUCAGAGAAGGAUAUCCUUGCAGAGCUGGGGAUGGCUUAUGUGGAGCCGUCUAAACGGAAUUAUUCCUAUCUGCUUAGCAAGGUCACCAAUGGUCGGUUACCGAAGUUGUAUGGAAGUGUUGUCCGCAAAAAGUGGAUGGAUGGCCAGCGGUAAAGCUCUGGCUCCUCCCGGUGAGAAGUCGCAUUGUAUCUUGAUACCAUCAUUGAGGUGUAUAGUAGAACGUACUUAAUAAUAUCCAAGUAAUCAAGUAAUCGCCUUAUGCUUCGGACUAUAAGGUCGAACGACGCGCGAU